AUGAAGGAAUUCAAAUUCUUUUGGGAUGAAUCAUGUCAACCGUUGAAUACAGACAUACUCCUCCAAAUUUUACAUUAUUUAAAUUUACGAGAAAUUAAUAUGCUUGCUGGAUUUCGAGGAUGGCAAUCAACAGAAAUUUUAUUUGAAUUUUAUUGGUGUGAAAUGAUACAAAUCGAACAUACAUUUUGUAAAUCCAAGUUAGGUGCUCAAUUAAUCACAUGUGCAUGGCAUGACAUAUUUUGGAAAGAACCAAUCACAAAAAAGAUUAAAUUCAUCAAUGAGCAAGUCUUGAGUAUUUAUUUCCAGCAUGAAGACCUACUAGAAAUUCCACAAAAGAAUUUUCGAAGAGAUUUUAUUUCACAAAUUUGGCAACACAUAGUGCCAUCUGUUUUUGAAAACAUUACUCGGCAACGUAUUGAAAGAGCCAAAUAUUUAGAAUCCAUUCCCGAUUAUUUAUUACAAAUCAUGAAUGACAAAUCACAGAAAAAAUCAAAACAACAGAAAUCAUCAACCAACGACCAUUCUCUCAAUGAGAAGGUAAUUGAUCAUGACAAGAAUCAUGUUGGAGCUGGUCUGAAACACACUCCAUCCAUUGCUUCGUUAAUGUAUCAUAAAUCUCAACAAGGGAUGUUUAUUGAAAAUACAGAACAAGAGAUUGCUCGUUUUUCAUGUCAUAACCACAACAACUCGGAAAUGGGAGUUCAUGGACCAUUAAGGCUCAGUACUGGUGGCGUUUCGAAUUCUAAAACACUGAAAUGGUACAUGGUUGGAAAAUCACAAGUUGGGAAAACCUGUUUAAUGUGUCAAUUGACGAAUACGAAUUUUGAUUGGAACGACGUUCCUGAAACUCUAAACAAUUAUUCCACGACUUGUUUCAUUCCUCGAACGGACAUGAUUACUCAGCACAGUGUGGAAGAUUACGAUAUUGAAUAUUUUGACAUUUCAUCAAAAGAGAGUCAUUUUGAGAGUUUGUCAAAUGCCACUGUUUGUACAUUAGCCUUUGCUGUGGAUGACUGGAGCUCUAUGACUUACUUAUUCGAUCACUUGCUUUGGGAAAUUUAUCAAUUUCUACCUCAACAUGCAACCAUUCAAGUACUUGGUUUAAAGAAGGAAAAUAGAGAAAUUCAACGAUGGAAAUCCCUCUUCGCUUUGUCAAGCAAUGAUGUUUCAAGUUCACCUUGUAACAAUAUGGAGACCGAGUUUGCAGAACCAGUCUCGUAUGAAGAGGCCUUGAAAUUUUCGCAAUAUAUUGGAGCUAGUGCUUAUGAUGAAGUGAGUGCUCGAAAAUGCAUUGGAUUACAACAUUGGAAUCACCGAUUGGCAUGUUUGAGACAUUUCGAUCAAUUUCAUUGGAAGAAGAUCUCUCAAGUCAAAAAGAACAAAUUAUGUAGCAAACAAUAA